GGAGAGGCCGGCCCCCGCCUCCAGGAGCGGCGAGCCGAGGCCCGAGGCCCCCUCCCCGAGGGCCUCCUGCUAACUCAUGCUGACACAGGAGGGACGGAGCACCCCGCAACCUCCGCGGCAGAUGGGGCGAUGCCGGCCGCCGCCUGGGGACCUGUAUCUUUUGAGGAAAAAACUGGCCGGGGCCGGGGUCCUGCCUGCGCGGGGCACGUCCCGGCUUCCAGGAGCUCUUUUGUUCGGAAACCCUGCCCCCAGCCCCUGCGGAGACCGUCCUGUGCGGUACACACGUUGCCAGGUUGUCUCAUAACCUUCACGAAGACAUUUUGACAAUUAGAUCAUGGCAACCAUAGAAGAAAUUGCACAUCAAAUUAUUGAACAACAGAUGGGAGAGAUUGUUACAGAGCAGCAAACAGGCCAGAAAAUCCAGAUCGUGACAGCACUUGAUCAUAAUACGCAAGGCAAGCAGUUCAUCCUGACAAAUCACGAUGGCGCUACUCCAGGCAAAGUCAUUCUGGCCAGGCAAGAUUCUACUCCAGGGAAAGUUUUCCUCACAACUCCAGAUGCAGCAGGUGUCAACCAGUUAUUUUUUACAGCUCCUGAUCUAUCUGGGCAGCACCUCCAGCUCUUAACAGAUAAUUCUUCCCCAGACCAAGGACCGAAUAAAGUUUUUGAUCUUUGCGUAGUAUGUGGAGACAAAGCAUCAGGGCGUCAUUAUGGAGCAGUAACUUGUGAAGGCUGCAAAGGAUUUUUUAAAAGAAGCAUCCGAAAAAAUUUAGUUUAUUCAUGUCGAGGAUCAAAGGACUGUAUUAUCAAUAAACACCAUCGAAACCGCUGUCAAUACUGCAGGUUACAGAGAUGUAUUGCAUUUGGAAUGAAACAAGAUUCUGUUCAAUGUGAAAGAAAACCUAUUGAAGUAUCACGAGAAAAAUCUUCCAACUGUGCCGCUUCAACAGAAAAAAUCUACAUCCGAAAAGACCUUCGAAGCCCAUUAGCUGCAACUCCAACUUUUGUAACAGAUAGUGAAACUGCAAGGUCAGCAGGACUAUUAGAUUCAGGAAUGUUUGUGAAUAUUCAUCAGUCUGGAAUAAAAACUGAGUCAACUGUGCUGAUGACACCAGAUAAGGCUGAAUCAUGUCAGGGAGAUUUAAGUACCUUGGCCAGUGUGGUUACAUCAUUAGCAAAUCUUGGAAAAACUAAAGAUCUUUCUCAAAAUGAUAAUGAAAUGUCUAUGAUUGAAAGCCUAAACAAUGGUGAUACCUCUGUAUGUGAAUUUCGUCAAGAAACGCAGACCAAUGGUGAUGUUUCAAGGGCUUUUGACACUCUUGCAAAAGCAUUGAAUCCUGGAGAGAGCACAACCUGUCAGAGCUCAGUAGAGGGCAUGGAAGGAAGCGUACAUCUUAUUGCUGGAGACUCGAGCAUAAAUUACAUCGAAAAAGAGGGGCCACUUCUCAGCGAUUCACAUGUAGCUUUCAGGCUCACCAUGCCCUCUCCUAUGCCCGAGUACCUGAACGUGCACUACAUUGGAGAGUCUGCCUCCAGACUGCUGUUCUUAUCCAUGCACUGGGCACUUUCGAUUCCUUCCUUCCAGGCUCUAGGGCAAGAAAACAGCAUAUCAUUGGUAAAAGCUUAUUGGAAUGAGCUUUUUACUCUUGGUCUUGCCCAAUGCUGGCAAGUGAUGAAUGUGGCAACUAUAUUAGCAACAUUUGUCAAUUGUCUUCACAGUAGCCUUCAACAAGAUAAAAUGUCCACAGAAAGAAGAAAAUUAUUGAUGGAGCACAUCUUCAAACUACAGGAGUUUUGUAAUAGCAUGGUUAAACUCUGCAUCGAUGGAUAUGAAUAUGCCUACCUGAAGGCAAUAGUACUGUUCAGUCCAGAUCAUCCAGGCCUAGAAAACAUGGAACAGAUUGAGAAAUUUCAGGAGAAGGCAUACGUGGAAUUCCAAGAUUAUAUAACCAAAACAUACCCAGAUGACACCUACAGGUUGUCCAGACUACUACUCAGAUUGCCAGCUUUGAGACUGAUGAAUGCUACCAUCACUGAAGAAUUGUUUUUCAAAGGUCUCAUUGGCAAUAACACAGAAGACACCAAAUUGAACUCUUUGUUUCCAGGGCACCUGGAAAUUUUGACUUUAAAGAGUAACCAAAAAACAAAGAAAGCAUCUGACCUCUCUCCCUCUCUUCUGACCUGCAUUAUAACUUCCUGAACCUUCCAUGGGUUUUAGCUAGGUUUUAGGUCAUUACAAAUACCCAAUUUGUUAAAUAAUGGAUUUAUCAUAUUCAAUCUGUGUUUUCAAGGUGAGUUAAAUAAUUAUUUUAAAGCAGAUUUAUAGUUUGUAAAAAUUUGUUUUUUCACGUGUAAACGAAUAUGCACUGAUUUUUCACUGUAAAUUGGGGAGAGCUCUUUUAACAAGAGUAGGAGCAUCAGCCUGAAGCCUUGUUAUUGCCACAGCAAAAGCAUUUUAGACUCCUUGGAUGUCUUCCACAGUAAUGUUUUCCUUAGCAAACCUGAUACUGUUAAAUAUUUCUUUGCUCUGAUUUCUGAUGAAUUAUUUUGGUAUGUCUAUUUGUUGAUUUUUUUUUUUUAAAGAAAAACAAAUAUGGAGAUUUUAUUGCACUCAGAGUACAUUUUUUAUGAAGAUUUUUGCAAUAGAAGCUGAAUUUUUUGGGGAGGGGUAUGGAUUUUACUAAUUGCUACUUUAUAGUAAAUCAAAAGUUUAAAAGUAUCACUUACAGUCUUUACCAACUUAUUAAGGGAAACUUUUCUCCCUAUUUAAAACAUGAUUUUUGUUCAGCAGGUUUAUAUAUAAUUAUCACCUGGGAAAAACUACAUUUAGUACAAAAUACUCAAAUGGAAAAAUCAGUAGGUUUAUACCUUUAUAAACCCAAUGAAGUAAGCCAAGGAUUCAGGAAAAUAAUUCUUUAAAAUAAUGUACUGAUGGUUAAUUAAGAUACAUGUUUCUUUCAGGUAUUUUUCCUAAUUAAAUUUGUAGUUAUAUUUGGAAGUGUUUUUAAAACUAUAUUAAAAUGUGACCUGCAUUACAAAUUUCUGUUUCUUGCCAAUAUAUUUGAUUUCAGAGUCCUAUUUGUUCAGUGUUUAGUCAUCCCUCUGUUUGUUUGUUCUAUUAUUAAGAAAUCUCUGGUAAGAUUUAUUAGAGUACUUCAGGAAGAGAAGAGUGUGGAAAACAUUUCCAUGGCCAGUAUUUUAGGAUUAUUUGCAAUUCAGUUUAAAGACUUGCAGCUAAAUAUUGCAGAUGGACAAUUUAUUUUUUACUCUCCUGAAAUCUCAGUAAAAUGACAGUACAGUAUAACCACACAAGGACAAAUAAAACAGGAGAGAAGAAAAACUCUCUUAUCUCUUGAUCUUCUCUCUUAUCAAGAGAUAAGAGAGUUCAACACAUUUUUAGAAAGAAAAGUGCAGGUAGAGAAGACUGCCUGACUUAGCAGAGCCAGAACCAAGGAACCUCUAAUCUGAGUGCUUGCAAAAGGCCAUGCAGUGAGAAAGAAGCCAGCAUACCUUGCAGUAUCCACCAAAUGUGCUUAUACCUGAGGAACCAGGUGCUCAUAUUCAGAGAUGGUGCUUGGAACACUGAAACAAAAGGAUUGGUUGCAAGUCUUAUAUAGAAUCAUUGAAUUAUCUUUCUCUACUCUUACUUAAACCAGGUGAUCACUUUCUGUCCUUACACUUUUUUGAGCAGGAGGCCAGAAGUUAAUUCUCUUGAGAAAUGGAACUGAAAGAGUAUAGGACUUAAAGGAUACCAGGGAUAUCAGAAGGCCUGGAUUAGGUAUAGGGUUAAAAAUAUGGCUUAAGUGAAAAUCUGCACUCUGAAUGGGGGUUCCCUGUGUUUCCAGAAUGAUGGCCAUCAGGUAUAGGCUUCUCUGCCAGAAUUUUUUCCUUUGGAGAAACUAAUUGGCCCCAGAGAAAAGAUCUCCAGACACUUUUGGUGUACCUUGAUAAAAAGCCUGCUUGCCACUUUAUCACUCUCAGUGGACCCCACUAAUUUCCAAGUCAUAUAUGUAUACAUGGGGUUUCCAUUCAGCUCUUUAAUGCCUACUAUUAAAUAUGAACUUAGAGUGAGGAUCACCAGAUAUUUGAAGAAAAUCUAAUACAUAAGAGAUGAGAUAUUGGUCGGGUAGAUACAAUUCAGGGAUCAGAAAAAUAUCCAACCCCAAAUAUAAUUAAUAUUUUGAAAGAGAGUAGAUGUUGUAUAUAUUAAAUGAGAAGAGUAUGCUUUGAAAAGGAAAAUUUGGAGCAAGAAACUGCCCCUGGAAAUUAAAAAUGAUAGCUACGGCAAUUCAUUAGAGGGGUUGGAAGAUAAAGUUGUUGAGGAACUUGCCCUGAAAGUAUAACCAAAAGACAAAGAAAUAGAAAAUGAGAAGACAAAAUUGGAGAAUCAAGUCAGGAGGUCUAACAUUUUAAUAGUAAGAGUUUAAGAAAGAAAGAAGACUUAAGGAGGUAAGGAAAUUAUUGAAUAAUACAAGAAAAGUUCCACAAAAGGACAUGCAUCUCUAGGUUGAAAGGAUCUCCACCCUUUAAAUGAAAAAGAUCCAUACCAUCUUGAAAUCAGAACAGUGUAGUCAAAGAAAAGAUACUGUUUUGCUGCUUCUAGCAGUAGAGUGGCAUAGAUAACUCUGAAGGCCUUUGAUCUGUUGCUGGGUUCACAGGAAGUCUGGCAUGAGUUUUCAAAGAAGGCUAAGAUUGUUACAGGUCAUGAGUCUCCCCUGGUCCUGGCAGAGGCAAAUAUAAAUCUUCUCUGGAGAAAAUAUCCAUAAUUUACACCAGAAGUCGGUACACUUUUCUGUAAAGGGCCAGAAAGUGAGUAUUUUUUACUUUGCAGCCCAUGUGGUUCCCCUAGUAACUACUCAACUCAGCUAUUGUAGUGCAAAAGCAGCCAUAGACAAUACUUAAAUGAAUGUGUCUGGCUGUGAUCCAAUAAAACAUUUACAAAAACAGGCAAUGGACUGGACUUGGCCCUUGGGGCAUAGUUCGUUGACCCCUAAUAUAGAACCUCAAGAUUGUCACAAAUUAAGCCCAACCAAAUAAGAGCUCACAAAAUACCAAACUCACAAGGAAACAAGCCACUUGAGUGAGUUCAAAAUAAGCAACACAGAUAGACCCUGAAAGGCAAUAUUAGCUACAUCAUAACUGUAUAUAUGUUUUAAGAUAAAAAGAUGAAAUCAAACAGGAAGAAACAGGACAACAAAAAUGACCAAACAGAUUUUAAAACAAGCCAAAACAACAUUUAGAAAUAAAAACCUUACUGAAAUUUUUUAAAUCACUCCAUGGUGAAAGAUUAUGCCUUCAACACGUGCGUGUAAUUCUAAUGCCUUCUUACAACUGCAUUAAAACACAGCCAGAGGAUUUUUUUAAGGCAUUAUCUGACAAAGACAAAAAUAAUGGGAGAGAAAUAAAUGAUAGCCACCAAAGUUUGAAAGCUGGAAGAUAGAUUAGUGGUGAUCAUCUUAGCAGACCUGAGAAGGCUGACUUGGCCUGCAGUGGGGAAAGCCAAGAAACAACCUGAUUUGUACCACAGAUCCUCCAGGAUGCUAACUCAUAUGGCAGCAUCUCCUCUGGAAGGGGAAAUAGGGAUUUGUUGAAAGUUUCUUUAGGAAGCAGACACACAUGUACCAGAACGAUAAAAUUUAAAGGGCUGGUGAUACCAAGUGUAGAGCAUGUGGAACACCAGGAUGUGCAUUGAUGGUAAGAGUCUCAGUUGACAUAACCACCUCUAGAAAGUAAUUUUACUUUACAUAGUGAAGUUCAAUGUGCAGGUACCUGCUUAUUUACCCUAGAGAAACUCUUACACAUGUGCCAGGAGACAUACAAAAAUGUUCAUGUCAGCAUUGUAAGAGCAGAAAAACAGUUCAAUACUCAUUGACAGGAGAAUGGAUAAGUAAAUUGUAGUAUAGUCACCCAGUGGAAUAUUCUGCAACACCAAAAAAAGGAAUAGAAUACCAACAUAGAUUAAUCCCAAAAAAUCAUGUAUCAAAAAAGCAAGCCCAGGGCCAACCCCAGUGGCCUAGUGGUUAAGUUCAGCACGUUCCACUUUGGCAGUCCAAGUGCACUUCCCAGGCGUGGACCUACACUGCUCUGUUGGCAGCCAUGCUGUACUGGUGGCCCUAUACUAAAAAGUAGGGGAAUAUUGGCAGGGAUGUUAGCUCAGGGUGAAUAAUCCUCAGCAAAAAAAAAAAAAAAAA